CAUGGAAGUAGACUACAUUUAACAGAAAGCUGAGACAGGUGCUGAGCACAGCAGGCACAACAGAACGACAGCUGUUUGGUCAACAGAAAAAGAUGCUCAGGGCCUGACAUCACUGCAGGGGAGGAGCAGUGGGUUUAGAAGGAGCUGACAGAAGGACCGCUACUAUGGCUGAUGGAAAGGGAUUCACCUGUCUUAUGGUCAUUCUCAUCCUGGGGAAUAUAUUUGGAGCUGCAGCAGGUCUUGCCCUUUGCGCUCUGGCCAUCUGGGUUGCAGUAGAUCAAUUCAAGCUCUACCCUAUAUCUGGUGUGUCGGGGAAAGAUGACAUCUUUGCCGGGGCCUGGAUUGCCAUUUUCACAGGCUUUGCCUUCUUCUGCAUGUGUGUCUUUGGUAUCUUGGCUGCUGCGAAGAAGAGCCGUGCCUUAAUGCUAACAUAUCUGAUCCUGAUGUUGAUCAUCUACAUAUUUGAGUGUGCCUCGUGUAUCACUGCAGUCACCCACAGAGACUAUCUGGUUGGAAACAGUAAUCUGGUGAAGAAGCAGAUGCUGAAGUACUAUGCAGCCGACAGUGACUCUGGCAGUCGGAUCACACUGACAUGGAACAAAGUGAUGAAAGAGGUGGAGUGUUGUGGAACGGAUGGCCCAGUGGACUGGAUAGAGUACAACUCCACCUUCAGGGAGAAGUUUGGUACAGACUACCCCUGGCCCACCCACUGCUGCAAGAGGAAGAACAACUACGAGGUGGUGAAUGUGGAGGCCUGCAAGAAUGGCCAGAACACCACCAUGUUCACUAAGGGCUGCUUCAACCACAUUGAGUCUGUGUUCAGUCGAUAUACAUGGGCUAUCAGCUGGUAUGGUUUCGCUGUGCUAAUGUUUAUGUUCUGGCUGUUGAUCCUGGCCAUGGUGUACUACCUGAUGCUGUGAGAAGUCUGGAGGUGAUGUCUCUAACCAUGUUUUAUACUUUCUGCUGAAGCAACACCAACCCUCACUUCAGCAACUACCUCAUUUCUUAAAUAACAAAUGACUGUGGGAAUGAUAACAGAAAAGUUUUCUGAUAUAUAGAGAAUGAACACUGUGUAGGGAUUCAAAUGUGUGUAUAUGUGUGUGUGUGUGUGUGUGUAUAUGUGUAUAUGUGUGUGUGUGUGUGUAUAUGUGUGUGUGUGUG